CCCUUUUUAAAUGUAAUUUUGAUAAUCGCUGGGGUUGUCAUGUUAAAAGGUGAAGAGGAUGAUAGUUAUGGGAUGUAGCUUGGGGAGGUUUUUUUAAAAGUCGCUGAGUGUGACAGACCAAAAUCCCCUGUUCCUAUAGCUUGUAGUCAUGUGUGAAGAUUGCAAAGGCGACGUAGAGGUUAUCAGUAGGUGGAGAGAGGGCAGGAGAGAAAUUCGAAUGGGCACACCCGUGGAAGUUUUGGGUGACGAUUCCUGCUCCCUCGGCUCAUCCUCCCCGUCGCUACAGGCGAUGGUGUCUGCACCUCUGUUGGGUAGAACUGUUUGUGCAAGUUGCAGUGAGGACAUUUUGGAUAAAUACUUGCUGAAGGUUAACGACUUGUGCUGGCAUGUGCGUUGUCUCUCCUGUAGCGUGUGCCAAACAUCGCUUGGCAGUCAUACAAGUUGUUACAUCAAAGAAAAAGAGGUCUUUUGCAAAUUGGACUACUUUAGAAGAUAUGGAACAUGGUGCGCGUGCUGCGGUCGAAAUAUCCACUCUACAGACUGGGUCCGCCGGGCGAAGGGCAACGUGUACCACCUGGCGUGUUUCGCCUGUUUCUCCUGUAAGAGGCAGCUGUCCACGGGGGAAGAGUUUGCCCUGGUGGAGGAGAAGGUGCUGUGUCGUGUCCACUACGACUGUAUGCUGGACAACCUGAAACGCGCCGUGGAGAAAGGAAGUGGUGUGAACCUAGAGGGGGCGAUGCCAACAGAACAGGAAGUGAAUCAGCCUAAGCCGUCGAAAAGAGCGCGCACCAGCUUCACCGCUGACCAAUUACAGGUAAUGCAGGCCCAGUUUGCCCAGGACAACAACCCAGAUGCCCAGACCCUGCAGAAGCUGGCAGAGCAGACAGGCCUGAGUAGGAGAGUCAUACAGGUUUGGUUCCAGAACUGUAGAGCGCGCCAUAAGAAGCAUGUGAGCCCCAACCACUCCUCAGCCACUCCCCUGUCCUCCCUGCAGCCCGGUCGCCACUCCCAGCCCACCCCGGCCCCAGAAGAGCUGCAGUACACAGCCUACGGCACCCCGGAGGGCUCCAUGCUCACCGCGCUGCACUCCUACAUCGAUGUGCACUCCCCUCAGUCUAUGCUGUUCCAUCCCCUGCUGCCCCCCCACGCCAUGACCUCCCUUCCUGUGACCCACGCCUGAGCCAGACAAACACACACACACACGCACACACAAUUUGCCAGAGCCUCACACACCACCAGGGAUCUUCAGCCUAGUAGGUUUAUUCUUAACAAAUUAAUUAAGUGUAACAUUUCAUGUGACUUGUCAGUAAGGGUCAUGUUAGAAGCCUUGUCUGUCUGAAAGGGGCCCCCAUACACACUUAAGUUGUACAAUUGAUGUUCAAUGCAUUUGUCACAAUGGUUGAUAACAGCAGUUUAUUUUUUCACUUCCAAAAAUAUACACACAAGUACAAUGGUUGAGUAAACACGUUUGUGCGUACAAACUAUUUUUUGUACAAUACAAAUAUGAGUUGCAUCACAACCAUUGUGUCAUACUUUAUACAUCAGUUGGAUAACUGUAGUGUGUACAGAGCUUUGUGUAUUUAUUGCAAAGUGCCACAGUUUGAUGCCGAUCUUUUAUCUAAGGGGGUGGGGGGGGGGACUAGAUUGCCAUUGACAAACCAUUGUGAAGUUUAUCUUAAACGAUGAAUUAUUUGUACAUCAGUAUUUUAAAUUAUUGUUGUUUCAUGUAUUUAUUGUAUGUGAUUAAGAAAAUAAAUGUCUAUUGACAAAAUGACUUUAUAGAAUAGUGACCAGUUUCGACUCACAACAACAACCACAAUGAAGCCGAGCUAAACAGGAAAAAUGGACUCAACGUCAUGAAUGUAAUGUACAUUUUUUGAGAUUGAUACAUGGCAUGGAAGGCCCCUCCAUAUACUCAAUAAGGCACCAAUGGUUGAUUAGCAUCAAUUUCUAAAAAAACAAUUUUUUAAAGAAGCAAACCCCAAUCAAAUAUUCGUGUUAUUAAAUAAUAUGCUUAUAUACAGUCCAAACAUUCAUACAUACUCACUGUUAUUUAAAAUAAAGCAUAGAUAUGCAAAAUUCUUUACAUAAAAAAAAA